UUUACAUGAGAGGUGUCCGCUCAAUGUUAUAUGGCAACCGCCGCAGAAAGAGGGUCGCUUUGGAUGUGAGGGUAGUUUUUAUCUCUCCACUAGGGAGUUCUUUCCGACAUGGAAGGGGGUAAAAUUGUGUGCGUGAGUGUUUUGGGCUGGCUGGUGUUUCUUUCGUCCUUUCAAUUUCACACCUGUCGAAAACAAACGGCCUGUCGCGAAGAGACCCUCGAACUUCGAGAGGAACACGCGAAUGUCGUUAUAUCUGGGACCGUUCGGGAAAUUAUACCUGAUUCGAACGGAGAUAAAAUGUAUAAAAGUGGGAUCGAAGUUAAGAGAGUUUUUAAAGGUAAUUCCAUCGUGGAUUCCGUGACGAACUUUGAGGACCCCGUGAGCCGUCACAAAAUGCUGAUGGUGGAGGGAUUCGGCGACAGCUCUAUAUGCGACAGCGAGGUUCGACCGCACGACACAAGGAUAUUUUUACUAAAUAAAGGAUCUAACGGUGCAUUGAAGCUAAACUCGAGUAUUGUGCCAAUUACCCUGGUUAAUUUGGAAUACACAGACGCUUUGGUCAAAGGGAGACCGUACAAGGUUCCAGAGCAACCAGAAAUCUCACCAUGCCAACAUUACUUCUGUGCAUUUGGCGCCAAGUGUUUUGUGAACAAGACAGACAACUCUGCAUACUGCCAGUGUCAUUUCCGCUGUAAGCCAGUGUUCGCCCCAGUCUGUGGCAGCGACGGUGUGACGUAUUCCAGUGAGUGUCUGCUGUUGAAGAGCAGCUGUAUAACACAGCGCCGAAUCAAGUUGUCCCGUCCAGGGGAAUGUGGUAAAAAGAACCCGUGCGAGGGGAAUCCCUGCAGUUUUGGUGCCAAGUGCGUGCCGUCACUAGACGGCACUGCACACAGGUGCAUGUGUGAGGACAGGUGUGACUCGUUUGGUGAUAAUAUCGGCAGCACGGAGGUGUGCGGGAAUGAUGGGGUUGACUACCCGAAUAUGUGCGAACUUAAGAGAGCAGCGUGUCACUCCAUCACUUCUAUCAGAGUCAAGUAUUACGGAAAAUGUGAUCCCUGCGAGGGUUUUCAUUCAUGCAAAUCACCAGAAGUCUGCCAGUUAGACAAACAGCGCAGGCCAGUGUGUCGCUGCAAUUUUGUUUGCGCCCAAGAAUUAGAGCCCGUUUGCGGAAACGACGGACGCACGUACAGCAACAGGUGUGUCAUGCGCAAAGAAGCGUGCAAAGCUCGCAAGGAAAUCGAUGUUUUGUACCCGGGCCAGUGUAGUACAGGAUCGAACCCAUGUGACAAGAUUCGCUGCGGACCUGAAGAAGAGUGCAGCAUAGACCGAAGUGGGGAAGCUUCCUGCGUGUGUCCACCUCCAUGUGAGCCGAUCGUGCGCCGCGUGUGCGGCAAUGACAGCCAGACGUACGACAGUGAAUGUGAACUUCAUCGUCAGUCGUGUCUUAGCAAAAUAUAUGUCACCGUGACGCACACAGGGCCCUGUGGUCCGGAUGUUCCCUGCAAAGACUACAAGUGUACCCAUCAUGCAAUCUGUGUUCCACAGGAUGGCAGACCAACUUGCAGGUGCCCUACCUGUUCUGAACAAUAUAGUCCGAUUUGCGGUAAAAAUGGCAUUUCAUAUGAAAGUGAAUGCAAAUUAAGACAGGAAAAUUGUGAGAGAAAAACAAAUGUGAAGAUAAAACACAGAGGAACAUGCAACCAGUGUGAGAAUGUCCGAUGUGAAUUUUACUCUAUCUGUGAAAGCGAUGGAAGCCAAACCGAAUGUGUUUGUCCAAAUGAUUGUGUUGAUGUGGAUGCCAAGGUGUGUGGGAGUGAUGGACGGACAUACCUGAAUGAAUGUGAACUGAAAGUAGCGGCGUGCCGAGACAAGAAGUUCAUCUCCAUAACAUCCAUUGGAGAUUGUGAUUCGUGUGCCGACAAGGUGUGUAAGUACGGUGCUAAGUGCGAGCACGGCACGUGUCUGUGUCCCAUCCUGUGUCCAACCAUCCAUGAACCGAUCUGCGCCAGCGACGGCCGGACGUACUCCAACGAGUGCGAGAUGCGGAGGACGGCGUGUUCGCGGCAGUCUGACCUGUACGUGGUGCGCAGCGGAGAGUGCGACGAUGACGGGAUAGAGAUGUCCGGGUCAGGAGAUGGGUUUAGUGGUGAUUCCAUGCUGUCGUGUGAUGAGUCGACGUGCCGGUUUGGAGGGAAGUGCGUGCUGGACGGCGAUGAACUCUACAAGUGUACCUGUAACUUUAACUGUGCCGCUGUCAGGUCCCCGGUGUGUGGAUCUGAUGGCAGGACGUACGGGAACAAAUGCCAUCUCAAGUUCGAGUCCUGCCAGACACAGAAAGAAAUUAGCAUACAGAUCAUGGACAACUGUGAUAUUGUUGGUUCUGAGGAGCCCUGUGAUGGGAGCCCACCUCUGAUCAACCCAGCGACAGGCCACGAUUAUAAGUGUAGCAGCUCUGGUAAGGGCUGCCCUGCUUCCAGCUACUGUGACAGUGAAUUUAAGAAGUGUUGUCGAGAAGAGACACAGAUUCAGAGGUGUUCUGACAGUCAGUACGGAUGUUGCCAGGAUCACCAGACGGCGUCUCCGGGCCCUAAAGGGGCCGGGUGUCCAGAAUUCUGUCACUGCAACCCUGUUGGUUCCUACAGCAACACGUGUGAUCAGCAAUCUCACCAGUGCUCGUGUAAACCGGGAGUUGGGGGUUUGCGGUGUGACCGCUGCAAGUCGGGAUACUGGGGGCUGCAUCUCAUUGUGGAGAAGGGAAACACUGGAUGCAUCCCGUGUAACUGCAACCCGUUUGGUGCUACCCGUGACGACUGUGACCAGAUGACGGGACGAUGUAUGUGCAAGUCCAACAUCAAUGGGAUGAAGUGCAACAUGUGCCACGACAAGAAACUGCUCGGGCCUCUCGGAUGUGAAGUGACAGACAUCCCAUCAUCCUGCAGUGAGCUGGAGUGUCAGUUUGGCGCUGUCUGCCAGGACUUCGACGGACGUCUGGAGUGUGUCUGUGAAGUCCGGUCAUGUGAGAUGGAGAACGGACAGGAAAUCGUGUGUGGGACAGACGGACAGAACUAUGGAUCAGAGUGCCAGCUCAGGCUGUUUGGCUGCCGGCUGCAGAAAUACAUUUCUGUGGCAUACAGGGGACCAUGUAGAGCCUUACCAUCAACAGAAACAACAACACCAGUUCCCUCAACAACAAGAUCUCGUAAAACAACGCGGCACAUCAAAGACAACGCACAGGCUCCAUCAGGGGAGAUAAAAACGGGAGGGACGGACCAACCUGAAGCAGACGUUGUUUGUGAGGGUCUGAGUAAGAUUGACGAGCUGUGUAUUGACGAUGACACGUGCUGUGCCAACAACAGUCAGUGUCACCUCGGACUGUGUCACUGUCUGCCUGGUUUCGUCCCAUCCAUGGACAUGACACAGUGUAUAGAGGUGAAGAGAGACCAGCCCCCAAAACACCUGACGAACCCCCCAAACCGAGAUGCCUGCACUGAGAAUCCAUGUCAUCACCAUGGUACCUGUGUCCUUGACGACUCGCUUGGCUUCCGCUGUAUCUGUCCACUCAGCCAAGGAGGACCAUUCUGUAGAACACCCAUGGAAUUUGAGACCCCGUCGUUCAGUGGGAAGUCGUACCUGACGGUUCCGGCGAUCAGCAAGGCAAACAAGGACUUGAGUAUUGAAGUCGUGUUUCACACGCUCAACAAAGACGGAAUCCUCUUGUUCAACGCGCAGAACAAGGAUGGAACUGGAGACUUCAUAGCUCUCAUUAUUAAAGAUGGCUAUGUGCAGUUCAGAUACAAUCUUGGUGGUGGAGAGGUUGUGAUUCGCAGCACGGUCCCGAUCGAACCAAACAAGUCUCAUCGUGUGGUGGCGCGUCGUGUCCUCGAGAAGGGUUUCCUCGUCAUGGACAACGAGGCGGCAGUCACUGGGGCGGGUGUCCACACCCACAACUCCCUCAGUCUCAGAGACCCCCUCUACGUCGGCUACGUUCCCAACGCAAGCGAUGAAGUGUACAACCGGAUUGGUGUGAGGCUUGGCCUGGUAGGGUGUGUGAAGAGUCUGAAAGCCGGUAACCGUAACUACCAGCGAGAAUAUCACCUCCGAUACCCAGAUCCAAACACAAACAUCAUUGAUGGUGCAGGAAUCGGCAAAUGUGGCAAUAACCCGUGUAACACGAUGCCGUGUGUCAAUGAUGGAACGUGCAUCAUGCAGGACGAAAACAACUUCCUGUGUAUGUGCUCAGAGGGAUAUCAAGGAAUCUACUGUGAGGAUCUAAAAGACCCGUGCUCCAGUCAACCGUGUCAGUUCGGAGGUACCUGUAUUUCUACAGAUUUCGACACGGGCUUCCACUGCCAGUGUGCCGAGGAUAGAGACGGUCUCAGAUGUGAAAAAGAGUCAAUGAAGCGUGUCUUUGUGCCACAGUUCGCCGGUGAAUCGUAUCUUGAGUUUGGUCUAAACAUUUCGAGCAAACACAAACUGAGGCUGGAGGUUUGGAUCAGAGCUACCAAACCUAAUGGUGUGAUUAUGUUUGCUACUCAGUUCCCUGAUGGACAAGGUGAUUAUAUUUCUAUUAACUUGAUCAAGAGGAAACUUGAGUUCAAAUUCUACCUUGGAAGUGGAACUGCUAAAUUGGAAAGUCGUGGACACAUCCAUUUGAAGAAGUGGCAUCGCGUGGUCGUGGAGCAGAGUGGACAGAAUGGCAAACUGCAGAUUGACCAUCAACCACUGGUCACUGGGCGGACACCUGGUACGUCGGCAUCUUUAAAUCUUGGAAAACACCUUUACAUUGGAGGGUACAACAAGAAAAGUGACCUUCCUCCAAGUGCAGACAUAACAAGUCCUUUCACUGGUGCCAUACAGAAGAUUGUAGUGAACGGGAAAAUCAUUGACAAUCUGAUGACGUCUGCCAAACACAUGAGGAACAUAGAAGAGUAUGACGGACCACCGUGUAACAUGAACCCGUGUCUGAAUGGAGGAAUCUGCAUACCGAAGCUGAAUGAGGCUAACUGUCGGUGUCCGGGGAGCUUCAUCGGAGAACGAUGUGAAAAAAAAGUUAAACAUGUGAAUAUUGACCAGCCAGUGAAAUUUGAUGGAACUACAUUCCUUCAUUUUCUCAAUGAGAUCUCCAUUGCGCAAGAGGCACAAAGAACCAACAACAUACAAAUCAGGUUUAGAACCAAGAACAAAAAUGGACUCCUUGCCUUUCAAAACAGAGGAGACAGUGUCAAGGGAGACUACUUGGCCAUUGCUAUCGUCAAUGGCAAAGUGCAGUUCAGUUACAACCUUGGCAAACAAGCGGCUGAUAAUUUAUUCAUAAUUGAGUCCAAGGUGAAGGUUGAUGAUGACAAGUGGCACAAAGUGACAGCUAGAAGGGAGCUUCAAGAUGGAAUACUUCAGGUUGAUGACGAAGUUGCAGUGAUGUUGUCAUCAGCUGUUGGGGCCUCGCAGCUUGACACAGACGGCCAACUGUGGAUAGGAGGUAAAAGUAUUUUGCCGUGGGACCUGCCGAGUGCCUAUUACCAAGGCUUCGUGGGCUGCGUCGAUGAGAUUAAAGUGAACCGUGGCAACAUGCACCUCGUUAAACACAGAACUGAACGGACCAUGACUGUUGCGUUUUGCUCAUAAUGGCCAGGUGCUGAACUAUCAGUCAAAUGUCUGUGACCAAAAUCCCAGACAUUUAGUGAUAUUCAUGUUAUGGGAAGAUAAAUGAAAUGGAUUUUGUUUGACUAAAAGAGAGAUGUUUUUUAUUAGCUCGACUGAUUGAAGAAAGCCAGGUCUGUGAACUCUGAUAUACGCUAGUUGGCCAUAUUGUUUUGUCUUUCAAGAUGUCUGGUGAUGUGAGCUGUAUGUCUUCUUGUAAUAUUAGAAAUGGAAUCAUAGUUUGAAAAAAAACACGAAAACCUAAGACGACAUAAUGAGUAAAAAAAAAAAUGAAUGAAAAAUUGAAGGUGUGAAAAUUAAAACUGUUAAUGAAAGUGUUGCAUUUAGUACACUGAUAGAGGUGGGAAUAGUUUCAGGAUGAUGGUUUGUCAGAAUAGUUACUACAACUCUUGAUGAGAGGAUCAGAAAUAACUUCACUUUCUUUCAUCUUCAAAAUCAAAAACUACCUGUAAAAGUUCAGAAGCUUCUGCAGAAGAUUUGGAUACAGAUAAGUAAUGGCGUCAGUUGGACCAAGUCGUAUAUAUUCCGAACAUUCCAGCAUUCCUUAAAGAUACAUAUUCCAAACUGGACCAAAUAGCAAACAUUCCUAAGGUGAAGUAAAGAUGAAUUGCCAUCGUGUUCUACCAUUAUUGUUCUUGCAAUCAGUGAAGUUUAACACAUUUCCUUGUGCACAAACACAAAUCAACACUGUCUAUUUUGAUGGAGAAUCAGCACUUGAUGAUAAAGAACGUACAUUAAAUGUCCACCACCAUGGUGCAAGCUUGCCAGAAAAGAAACAUCAUCUUAUUGAGAGACAGGCACUGUGUUUGGUUUCUGUAGCUUGUAAAAGAAGAUUGAAAUUCAUCAGAAGCAAAUGUCAACAUAGAUACAUGUGUAUGUACAAAGAUUCGAAGAAAAAGUCAUCACAUUCCAGAAAGUUAUCUAUUUUCAAACAGGCACUGUGAUUGGUUGAUAAGGAGAGGCUCUGUGAUUGCUUGAUAAAAAGAGGCUCUGUGAUUGGUUGAUAAGAAGCUCUGUGAUUGGUUGAUAAUAAGAGACUCUGUGACUGGCUGAUGACAGAAGUAGCACAAGUCAAUCUUUGUAAUAACAAAAUGAUAGCAAAGAUGUGUACAGAGCCCCAAAGAAAAAGUUGUGUUGUCUGUGACGAUUAUAAAGCCUACAUAUCACAAUUGUCCAACACGUUGUCCAAGUACCCAAGACAUCAGAUAUUCAUCUACUUAUUGUGUACUCUCAACAGAUGAUGGUGUAGUAGUGUUUGUAUAAAGUGAUCCUAUACUAACCGUAGCUGAUAUUUCUUUUAACUCUGUUAUGUUAGCACUGAAAGUGAACCUCACCUUGUUGUUAACUAUAAUGACAACCAUUUCCACUGACCUCAUAAUGAAAGUAAAAUGUUUUGAUGUCACUGCUAGGUGAGAUUUUAUCAAAUGUAAAUCUACAGAUUUUACAAAUAUUGUUUCAUAUUUUAUCCAUACAUGUGUAUUUUAAAGAACUUUAGCCCAAUUUUACUAAAUGUCGUAAGUUUACGUCUGCAACUUACGGAAAUACUGGUCUUACAUUUACACGUUUGGCAUUAUUUCACGCAUAAAAUUACAUCAUUACGGAAUCUAGAGUAUUUUAAGCACAAAAGGAAAUCAAAUAUGUUUAUUUCUAACUAUAUUUGUGAACUAUAAUAGUAAUAAGAAUUGCGGUUUAGUCGUAGAUUUACGUUUUCGUUUACGUGUAAAACUAGGCUUAUGAUGUUUUGUGAAAUUGAGCCCUGUUGUUUACUAUGUUCACAUUAUCUUCUGAUAAGAAUAUCUAACUCUAAUAAAGGUAUCCGUUUCGUUUCAAUGUAAAUUACUAUUGAUAUUGUAUAAUUAACCAUGCCUUCGGAAUUAUAUCUUGCUCAGUAUGAACUAGCUUUGGAAACGAUUACCCUAAUAAGAUCAAUUCAGUUUUAUUUUGGGAUAGUUUAAUGGUGGUGAUAAUAGUAAUUUUAAUAAUUUUUUAUUCUAUGUGUUUCCCCGAGGCUAUAUACAAUAUAUGUAUUUGAAGAACAACACAAUAGUUAUUACAAGUUAAAGAAUUUUAAAUUACAAAUGCCUUGACUGAUCAAAAGCAAAUUAAAAGUUUUACAAAAUGAAGACUUUUUUAUAUAUUACAGUUGCCAUGACACUGUGAUGAGAAACUUGUGAUUUGAUUGGUUUAAAGAUUUUAGUAUUUAUUGAGCCAUGUCAGUUACAUACUGUAAUUAGAAUAUCUGUACAUUAUGUACCAUAAACAUCAUAUACGUGUAUAAUAUAAUAGGUAACCUGCAUAUGAAUGUAGAAAAUAAUACUGUCAUGUUGAAGCCCUCUUAUAUACAUAUAAUACAGUCGGUAUGUAAUACGGUUAGUAUGUGGUAUUGUCCUUACGAUAUCUACUUAAUAUUCAUCAGUAAAUAAACUGUAAAUUAAUAUGGUCAGUAUGUGGUAUUGUUCUUAUCAUAUCUACUGAAUAUUCAUCAGUAAAUAAUCUGUAAAUUAAUAUGGUCAGUAUGUGGUAUUGUCCUUAUGAUAUCUACUGAAUAUUCAUCAGUAAAUAAACUGUAAAUUAAUACUGUCAGUAUGUGGUAUUGUUCUUAUAUCUACUGAAUAUUCAUUAGUAAAUAAACUGUAAAUUAAUACAGUGUGUGGUAUUCCCUUAUAAUAUCUACUGAAUAUUCAUCAGUAAAUAAACAGUAAAUUAAUGCUUUUAUAACAAUACUGGAACACAUAUAUUGAAAUCUAAUAUUGGCUCUUUAGAUUAAUACUAGAAGCAAAUUGCUAAGCUAACAUUAAUAGCAAGUAACAUUGAUGGAGUUGUAUUCAAACUGAAUGCAAUAUUAUAAUGGGUUUAUUUGCCAUUUAGAAAAUAUCAAGCCAGACCGUGAAGAUAGCAACCAAGGUGCACUGUUUAAAAAUAAUGGGCUGAAUUUACUAAGCCUGCUUUUGUUUUAUACAGAUGUAACAACAAACUUCAAGAAAAACAGACUUGAUAAAAAAAAAUCCAUAUUUUAGGUCCAAUAUUAGCAAAAUCAAAUUAUCACACUAGACUGAGUUACCACUAUGACUUGUUAUUUCACCCAGCUCCACUAUUGGGUUGGACUGGAAAUGAUUCAGAGCAAACUGUUAUAGCACACACUUGUCUUGGGCACAAGAUCUGUCACAAAACCCAUUCCUGCAUCAAGCUAGGAGGAAAGAUGGGGAGGGAAAAGGAAGAGCUCUUCCACUAUCAUUUCCCAUCAGGUUUUAUAAUGGAUGUUGAUUGACUUAACUAUGGACAGACUUUUGUCUUGUGUGUAAAAUAAAUUUCACUACAUAAUGAAUAUUCAGUAUUUAUCACCAAAUCUAUAUCACGAUACUAACCAAACAUGUAUGUAUACCGGUCUAUUCCACUUCCAGGCCUUCGGAUUUCAUGAAAUGUGACGGUAAAAAUCACGCUCUGUGAAAUCGUGUCGGUAAAAUCAUGGAAACAAAAUUUCAUUUCCCGUGAUUAUUAUAUCGAGUACGACUAUUCAACGGAACCUAAAAACAGUUUCCGAUGGGUUGCCAUGACCACAAGACAUGGAACCGAAAAAGUGUUUCACAUGAAAUUUGAAAUCCUAUGGGCAGCACUUCUGUCAUUGUUUUUAAUAAUCGAGGGCUCUAAACACGUGACAAUAUUACAGCUAACUUAGAUUAGUGAACGCUGUAUAGUUUAUAUUACCCAGGUCUUAGUGCUUAUGUUAUAGCUGUAGGCUAUUUGAUGUGUUUAUUUUUUUACUGCCUGCAAACAGGCAGAUUUAUUUUACUAUUUGGUAUAAUUUUAGUGUGACAAAAUAUUGUACAAUGAUAAAUAUAAAUUGUUUUCUUUUACACUGAACACUGGUAUAAUUUUAGUUUGAGUGAUAAGAUAUUGUAAAGUGAUCUAUAUAAAAAAUUUAAUUCACAUUAUUUGUAAGAAUCUUUUUAAUGUGUAUAUAUAAAACAAGGUUUUUUGUAUGUUCAUCUAUCUGUCUGUGUGUACUGCUCUAAAGAUAUGACAUGUCAAUGUAUUUGUUAUAUUGCAAAUAUUUUAAUGAUUUUAGUGGCAUAUGUAAAUUGAUUAUUCACUGCAUUAUAAAUCAAUCAUUAAACAGUUCUGUUCAUUUAAUAGCUUGCUAUGAGCCUCUCAGCUUUCACUAUUGAGUUAAAUAAAGGUCAUGUGUGCUUUGCUUGUUAAUUAACCCAAUAAAGUUUAAUACAUAAUAGUACAAUAGUUGAGAAUGCCUCUAUACUGGAGUAAAUACAUUUGUUAUUUAACUUUUAAGUGAAACCAUUAAACUGCUAAUUCCUCCCCCCCCCCCCCCC